AAACCUUAUGAAAAUUCUCUUUCAGGAAAACUCUUCAAUCUCAGAAAGAUUCUCACCAACAACUAUGUCAUCGAACACAGAUAUUUCUCUCUCUUCAUAUGAUGAAGACCAGGGAUCCAAACUCAUCAGAAAAGCUAAAGAGGCCCCUUUUGUCCCCAUAGGAAUCGCGGGCUGUGCGGCAAUCGUGGCGUACGGCUUGUACAAACUGAAGAGCCGGGGAAACACCAAGAUGUCGGUCCACCUGAUCCACAUGCGCGUGGCAGCACAAGGCUUUGUUGUGGGAGCCAUGACUGUUGGGAUGGUCUAUUCCAUGUAUCGGGAAUACUGGGCCAAACCUAAGCAGUAGAAGAAGAGAUGCGGCCACCGUCUUGUUGGUGUUACUUGAUGAGACACAUCCUUUUGAGGUUCUAUGUUUAUGUUGAAGAUAAAUUAUUUACAUGAGUUCACUGUUUUGAAGAUAGGCUUUCUCUUUUGCAGGCUUGGCUUCCCUGGUGACCAAAUUACUAGUGUCUAAAUCAUGAACUAGGUCAUUCCAGGGAGUCCAGUCUGUAAAAAGAGGCUGGCCACCCAAAUUCACUAGAUAGUGAUAAGAUGUCCACAUUCUUAAACUCUUGGGAUGCGGUUAGUUCUGAAGCAGACGGCAGGCCCAGGCUAAAGGACAUCCAGCUGCUGUGGAAGGCCACCUUUGGGUGCUGUGCAGCGUGUCGCAGGCACCAGUGGACUGGCUUUUCUUUCUGCUUGCCUCGUGGGCCGGUCGAUCCCUCCAUUCCUAGGGCAAGUCUACUCUCAAAGAACUCCUUCCGAAAAACGGGUGGAAUCUAACCUACAGCUGAAAACGUGUGUGUUCAAAUUAAACCUGAAAAGUGAAUAAUAGCUGCUUAGAUAACUUAUUUUAGAAUCAUUCUUGUCCGCAUGAGAAUAACCUAAUUAUGGAUUCCUCUUUAGCCCUUUUGUAAUUGCAGAGGUAUAUUUUUGCUGCUGCCAUGUUAAUCUUUAAUUGUCAUCCUCAAGUAAGAAUUGUGUAUUUUAAUUGCUAAUCCAAAAGUAAAGAGCAUUUUUAAAAUGUG